CCCACUCCCUGCCCGCUUUUGCCUUCCUGUUCUUCCUCUUUUUCUUCCCGCCAUCUCGACAAUCCCAUUUCUUGCUCUCCUCCCCUCCUCUUUCUCUUUUUCCCUCUCUUGAUCUUUCUCUCUCACCUUCACGUUGCCUCGCCUCGCUCGACCCUCUCUCUCUCUCUCGACCGGUUACCCUUCUCCCUCCUCCUACUCAGACCACCCCCGCUUUCAACCGUCAUCAUGUCGAGAUCCUCCCGUGGCCCCCCUCCGGCUUCGUCUGCCCCUCAGAGCGGCCGCUCCAACGAGUACUUCGUUCCGAGAGAUGGAAUUGAUCGCGAGGUCAUCACCGCCGAUAUUUGCCGCUACCUCGGCAACGACGCCCUCGUCCGCCCGGGUCACUACGAGAACCCCCAGACCGGACAAGUCUCACAGGGUUACUACAUCACCGCCUACCGAAACCUAACAACAGCCAUGAUCGACGACUUGAAGGCCGAUUCUGCGCGAUGGGAGGCAGAGAGGCGGCAGCAGGCCGCCCGGAAUAGUUCAGGAGGUACAUUUGCCUCAAGAGACGCGACGGCUCUUUUGUCGAGACGUUCUAACUCCCCUACAGCAGGGUACCGCCAGUCGGAGACUCACUCCGCACGCCAACACUAUGGUCCCACGGAUUCCACUGGCUACCCGGACGUAGGACGUGAUUCCUAUGAAAGCACCCCUAGAUAUCCAGGAUCUCAAGCCCCAGGUUACUCAGGGAACUCUGCCCAGGGCUACUCUGGAUCUACCCCUUCCUACCAACAGCAGCCUUCUUCUUCUUACUCAAGUGGUGGGUAUCCCUACUCUGGACAGCCAGACCCAAGAGCCGACCCCAGGUACGCUGGACAAAGCCAAAUGGGACAAGGAUACGGUGAACCCCCGUACAUUGCUACGGCCGCGAACAUGGCGGCGCAAAGAAACUACCCCACCGACCCUUACGCCGGACAGCCCUCUCGGACUCCUACUUCGAUGGCCCCUCCGCCAGGAGGGCCGGCUUACUCUUCCGGAUCACAGGUUCCGGCAGGAUAUCCCACAGGUUACUACCCGCCUUCGACGUCAGCCUCGUACGGUUCCACGCCGGUGGCUUCUGAUCCGAUGUACGGACGCGGUGCGUAUACAGCUUUGUACCCCAACCCAACUUCUUCGACCGAAUCUAAUUAUGUAGCGUCCCCAGCAGGUGGUGUUGCUCACCCGUCUCUCUCUGGCCAAGGAGGAUCACAGUAUGAUAAGCCCCCUGCACCCCGUGGUUCUGCUCCUCCAUCGAGUUCCAAAGCUCAGACGACAAGUAGUGGAUCAUCGCACUCCCGCCGCAGCGAAAGGGAUUCCGACAGGCAUCACCAAUCCGACCGCCAUCGCCCCCCGCGUCGCUAAUACGUUACCUUCACUGGAAUUUACUGUAGCCACUCCGACUGCACAGGACGCCCGUCCUGUGAGUCGCUGUCAUGAACUUCAUCCUAAUGAUUUCGGGUCUUGGACCCGUUUCCCGGUGUCGGCUUCCUUAUCAUUUGUUUUCCUGGAUAGACCCUUUUCCUGGAUUCGAGGUGUGGAAUUCACCUCGUGAGUUGCAAGUAUGCAUCUCGCACUCCGUUGUCUGGCUUUGCUGGCGUUUUGGCUCUGCGCGGCCUCGGAGCUUCCCUGGCUCUACAUAAUAUUCCUGGACCGUUACGUCUCGAGUUCUACUACAUCCUGCCCGGAUCUCACCUGGACUUGACCUGGAUUUCACCAACAAUGGAUUGUGCCGCGCAUACCCCUGGACGUUUUACGACUGCAUAUAUGGAUGGGCUUACGAUUUUUGCUAUUCGAUCAACCUUUUCUUUUCAGCAAGUAUGUCUUGCUACCACGUGUUUAUGGCCCGGAACCCAGGAACGGAAAAGGACGUACUUUCUUGAACCGAGUCGACUUUGACGACUUCUUACAUGGACCACUUUGCUGUCUGGAGCCGUCCUGACGAUGGAUGUAAUGUCAUUUUACUCUCUUCUCCUGGUCUGGGUUUCAUUCUUCCUACUUGGACUUUCGGAGUUCGGGGUCAUCAUGGUGUUUCGUUAUAGAAUGGGCGAUGACGGCAUCUGGACAGCAAGGUGAGUACACGGAUUGCAAUUUUUUUGACCAACUUCGAAAGGAUACUCUUGCAACUUCCCUCAUAAGGAUCUGAGACUCAUGGUUGAGAACUCUCAUUUACCUAACGUCACAGUCAUCCAACCGGACUCGUUGCACCGCAAACUACUUCCCAUUGGAAAAACAAAACUGGCCAUUUGCAAACCUGGAUCUGCUUCUAAGCACUCGCACCGCACCAUGGACUUCAUUUCAUAUUUUGGAAAUUCCGGAUCAAAGCUUCAUGGACCAGCCUGUGGAAGUACCACCCAUUGGACAGUGGCCGUGGACAAGAAAGGCCAUGACCCCCACAACCGAGACUCCCAAACCCUUUUGGAUCUCGAGUUAGCUCACUGAGCUUAAACAAGAAAUUACUGGGAGGAGACACAUCUCCAACGUGGGUGAGUUAUACUUGGCCUGGCCUGCCAACCAUCUCGAUACAAUGGUCAAGAUGUUCCAUCGAUCAUGAGUGGCCUUUGCCGGUCAAUCACACCUUGGCACCUGACAACAUCCGUUGCUUUUUGGAUGCACGUUGCGAUCAUCAAUGCAGCCUGCCAUGGGACACGAGUCUGGCGGUUCAUGGUACCACUACCCACUGUGACCUGAAGAUGAGGCAUGGUUGAGGUUCACUAGCGCCAGGCUAGGCACAUGAUACAAACGACUCAACCCUACCUUUCUGGACUACCUUUCAUGGACUGCGGCUGCCCAGCCCUGCGGAACACUUCCUGGAUCACGUGGAGCCUUCCUGGCAGCUCUUCCGGAACAGCUCGUUAGUCACCACUAUUUCUAUUCGUUCUGUGUUUCUAUUCGCAUCGUGGAACCAUAUCUAUCCAAGCCGGGACAUCGAACGUGGGAACUAACACGCUCGUCGCAGGCUUCACAGGGAACGAGCACACAGUGUUGUAGCCAGGAUGGGUAGUAGUGGCUCAAUCGAGCGGACUUGAUGUAUUGCAUAUAUCGGCGAUUGUUUACGUUUGGAUCCAGAUUUUUGGAAACUUUUGGAGUUGUGGUGACAUCUACCGGAUUUAUUUUAUGCGAUUUUUGUUGUUGUAUUUGGCGUUUGGGCAUAUGGUAACCAGCGGUUAUCGGCUAUUGAAU